AGGAUAGAGGUUUAUGAUCAGCACAAGACUUCUUGGGCGCCUUUGUAAUGAGCAGAAAGUAAAAAUACGAUUCGUGCGCCAAGCGCGUAGGUGCUACUCGCAGUUGGCUUCUUUCGAAGGACGCAAGAGUACUAUUUCCGAAACUCCGCCAGUGCUAAUAUCGUCAGCAUUAUCUGAAGUUCGCAAAGUACUAGAGUUUUGCCGUUUCAAGUGUUUUUCUAGUUUUACUUCUUCCAAGAAAAGUCGAUCGUUUUUCCCACAACAAGUACUUGCUUCUUUUCCAUUUCAGCAGCAGAAAAUGACGGACGACGCGGGAAAGGAGAAGCAGAUCUACCGGGAUGACGCCGGUAACGAGAUCUCGAAGAACGCCUGGAAAAAGCUGGAGACACAGAAGAAAAAGGAAAAGGAGGUAAGGAAGAGCUUUAUCGCUUUCUGUCAUGCAAUGAUCGAGUUUCGUUCCUCGUCUGAACUUUUUGUAACACUGCUGAUACUAUACUACUCGCAAAAAUACUUUUACAUGCACGACACAAAACCAACCACGUCUCAUCGUCCCCCAGGCUGCAGAAAAGGCCGCACUGAAGGCCGCCCAGGCUCCGGUAGAGAAGAAGAAAAAGGAGGAUGCCGAGGAGGAGGAGCAGGACCCAACCAAGUACCGGGAAAACCGGAUCAAGGCGAUUAUGAACAUGCAGGACCCGUACCCGCACAAGUGGAACGUGGAUACUUCCAUUCCGUCGCUGCGAGCGACGUACGAGUCGCUGCAGGCCAGCGAGCAGAUAACGGAAAAGAUCGUUACCAUCGCCGGAAGAGUAAUGUCCAAGCGGUCAUCCGGAAAAAGUUUGCACUUUUACGAGCUCCACGCGGACGGGUCCAAAAUCCAGGUCAUGGCGCAAGUCAACAACCACCAGGUACUAGAGGAUUCAAACAUUGAUGUCUGCUUGAAGUGCAGUUUGCAUCGCACGAAAAAGCAAUUGAGACAAGAAGUGCUUGGUGACAAUUUCUGCAAAGCCGCAUGAUUUUUUCGUUUUCAUUUUUUUCAAAACGCAUAACUCUUUUCAAAACAGGAGGGAGACUUCGACGAGGAACACAAGAAAAUCAAGCACGGUGAUAUCAUGGGUGCAAGAGGUUUCGUUGGAAAGUCGAAGACCGGCGAGUUGUCCGUUUUCCCAUUCGCGGUCAAAUGCCUGUCUCCGUGUCUCCACAUGCUUCCCCGCAGUCACUACGGACUGAAGGAUCAGGCCACAAGGUUUUUUCUUUGCUACAGAAACGCUAUUUGUUUUAUGCAAAAAGAAAGAACAUCAAGUUCAAAGGCGCGCUUAACACUUUUUUCCGGCUGGAAGGGGAGUCACUGUUCGUCUCCGUGCCACCGUAAACGUAGCUGAUCCUACAUAAAAUUACACAAAUCGCACCAGGUAUCGUCAGCGUUAUCUGGACUUAAUCCUGAACGACUCCACACGGCAAACCUUCCAAACGCGCGCGAAGAUCAUCUCUUACAUCCGGCGGUACCUCGACUCCCGCGAUUUUUUGGAAGUGGAAACACCGAUGAUGACGCAAAUUGUCGGCGGCGCCACCGCAAAGCCCUUCAAAACCCACCACAACGACUUGAACUUGGAUAUGUUCAUGCGAGUCGCACCAGAACUGAAGUUGAAGGUACUUAUCCGUACGGUUUUUUGGGAUCCUUUUUUUUUCGUCGUCUUUUGGAAGUAGAAUGUAUCUACGUAGGCUCCGCUUCAUGCAUGGUGAUGCCACUGCGACUGCAUCUCUUCUUCAAUUGUUACUUAAUUCCAAGGAUUAAAUCUACCUCUCUCCCCCCACGCACUCCUCCCAGGAACUGGUCGUUGGCGGGCUCGAUCGCGUGUACGAGAUCGGGCGGAAUUUCCGCAACGAGGGCAUUGACCUCACCCACAAUCCGGAGUUCACCGCCUGCGAGUUUUACAUGGCGUACGCAGAUUACGACGACCUGAUGAACAUGACGGAAGAACUGGUUUCUGGCAUGGUCAAGUCCCUCCACGGGUCCUACAAGGUGAACUGGACCCCGAUGAACAGCGACACGCCGGUGGAGCUGGACUUCUCUCCGCCGUGGCCGCGGUACAGCAUGGUGGAAACCAUCGAAAAGAACUCCGGGAUACAAAUCCCCCGGUGCUUCGGCCCGGAGUGCCAGAAGGUGCUGGAGGCGACCGUGGCGAAGCUGGAAAAGGAACUGGGCGAGACCGUCGUGGAGCCGCCAAGAACAAUCGCCAGGCUCUUGGACGGGCUGUGCGGGUAUAGAGAUGUGGUUUUUGGAUCGUUUUGGAAUAAUUCUGCGUUUAUGAAGCUGCGAGUACAGCUGUUGAUCUAUGUUUUUGUGCAAAUGAGAUAGUCAGAUUUUCUUGACAUUGGACACGUAAUAUUUUUAAGACUUUCUUCGCAUUUACUCUGUCUUUCGAACCCAGCACACCGACGUGAUCUUCAAAACGGAAAAAUAACAACUCCAGGCACUACAUUGAAGACACCAUCACGACGCGGCCGGGGUUCAUCACGGAGCACCCACAGAUCAUGUCGCCGCUGGCCAAGUACCACCGGUCGAAGCCGGGCUUGACCGAACGAUUUGAGCUGUUUAUCAUGACCAAGGAGCUGUGCAACGCCUACACCGAGUUGAACAACCCCAUCAAGCAGCGGGAGUGCUUCUCCGGGCAGAUGGACGCCAAGGCGGCGGGCGACGAGGAAGCGCAGGGAUACGACGAGGGCUUCUGCACCGCGCUGGAGUACGGGCUGCCGCCCACCGGGGGCUGGGGCAUGGGCAUCGACCGCAUGACCAUGUUCAUGAGCGGCAAAAACAACAUCAAGGAAGUCAUCCUCUUCCCGGCCAUGAAGCCGGAGGAGUAAGAAAUUUUUGACGGACGAGAUGAGGACUCUUCUACAAAAAUUCCGGCGUGUAUUUACUUACUUCUACUUCUAGCAGGGAAAGAGACGUGCGGUGCUGCAUGGUCGGAACUGCGUACGGCUACGGUUACGGUGGAGUGUACGGACGCACGGCACUUUUACUCUCGCAUUUGUGCUCUUCGUGAUGCCGAUGCGCCUGUGGUGCUCUUUCUUCGCACGCGGCUGGGAUGACAUUCAAUUUCGUAUGCCCGUGAUCUAUCACGAGCCGGGCGCCAGUCGAAUGAAUGUCGAAGGAACAACGCGAAAGCACGAGAAGUGCAUGCGGCUUCGGCAACAGUUUGUACGCGGAUGUAGAAGUAAUCUCGUUGGGAGCAAGCGCACGGAGAAAAAACGCAGCGCAACGUUGAAAAGUUUAAAAAUGUUUAAUGUCACCUAGAACAGUCAAAAAAUACCUAUUCUGAGAAUCUAUCGCUUUCGUAUCACAUCACCAUGAAGGAGCAGUAUCCAAUUUUGCCGUUGGAUGCAAAGAUAGCUGCAGCGUUUAUGUUGCUUAUCGCAGGAACUGAGCCUGGCUUUGAUCCAGGUCAAUGAUUUUACUCGACGCGACGCAAAAAUUAUCGCAGCAGUGGUUUUUGAAUAAAAGUAUGUACAUGUUGGAGAAUGAGACGCUCAGCAGUGUGGCCGGAAAAAA